GAGCAUCUGUAGACAAGUAACACAUGGCCUUCGCAGAUAUGUCAUUAUGUUGCUGACAACACCUAUGGUAGCUAGUAUUGAGGUCAGGAUUACAAACUGUUACCUGUGUAUUCAUUUACAGUCUGCGCUGGAGCUUGGUAAAAGAUCUCUGAAGUGCUGGUAAGCUGAUAUGACCUGUAGACUGUUACAACACAAUACAGAGGAUGUUGCUAUUUCCAUGCAAAACCUGCCACCACCAUAAAACAUUGUCUCGUGUCCAUGCUUCGAUGCAUAACCUCUUGAUAAAAAUCCAGCAAUGGCCAUUACUUCACCAUCAUCUAUACCUGAAGAUGCCCAUUGGUCAGGACAAAACACGUUGGACGGGGCUUUCUAAUGACCUCACUUCUGACCCGUGGAGCACAUGUUACUGCCGCACUUUUGGGUUUUCCAUGCCAUAAUCUAUUCUUAUGCAAGCGAGUGCACUUGCAUACAUUUUAAUAAAAGCGUUGAAUCUAUUGCUGUAAUACUAAAAUGGAUGUGAAGUAUAUCAAAGACUACCUGUCCUGGCUUUACUACCAGUAUCUGCUCAUAACCUGCAGCUAUGUCCUAGAACCCUGGGAAAAGUCUAUCUUCAACGCCAUUUUACUGAUGGUCAUCGCUAUGGUAAUAUACAGCUCCUACGUCUUCAUUCCCAUCCAUGUUCGCCUGGCUAUGGAAUUUUUCUCUGAGAUCUUUGGAGGGCAACAUGAAAGUACUGUGGCCUUGAUGAGCUGACAUGAUCUAUCCUACUUCAACAUGCCUCCUUAAAAAUACUCAUAAGAUGUGCACCUUUCUUUGCUUCGAACUUGAUGGACAUCAAUUGGCUUGCAUGGUGUUUGAGCUGUGGCAUAGGACUCCUUAGUUCAAGACGCUGUGGCUCUUUCUAUUGUUUACUCUGGACUGUGUGAACACAAAUCUCAGCUGCACUAUAAGUACUUAUACCCGCCUAUGUACAUAGUAUAAUACAACGCAGUAGGUUUGCUGGCCUAUAUGUUGGAAAACUACUUUUUUUUUUUUUUUUU